GUGAGAGCCAGUACCGGACAGGACUAGGUAUGCCAAAAAUUAUGCGUUUCGUUGCGUGCACAAGAAAUGCACGUAUGCUGAAAAUGUUCGACGAGUAUGAACUGCGCAACUCCCUCCUCCAGAAAUCGAAAUUUUUGAUUCUGCAAUGGCUUAAUAAAAUCUGCAUUAACAGGGACGACUGAACAAGAAGCAAGUAUUCUUCUACACGACACACACUGUAAAUCGCUUCACGAAAAAUUGAAAAGAUGUUUAGAAGUACUUUCAUCUUUAACCGCGUUGCCUUUUUGAUUUUCGUAUGCUAGUAUCUACGCGAACGCGCAUGUAGAGAAUAACAAGUACUUCAUCAUCGUACUAGCAGGCGCAGCCGCGAGUACUUUCAAAGAAAACACUUUGGCAACACUGGUUGCGAGAACUAGAACCCGAGCAUCAGAUUGGUUUUGCCCCACUAUAGGCCUAAUAUCUUCAACACACACGACGACCCCAGAAAAAAAUCCAAUGGACGCCUUCAAGCAGAAGUAUGCCGCGUUUUGUGGCGACGACACGGUUUUGCAGAACUGGUGGAUCCAGGACCCCGCGACGGGGAAGCAGGACCCGCCCUUCCCCCACCAACUGCUUCUGAAGCACCUGUCCUGCCACAUUGACGGCAACACGCUGUGCUACAAGCAGGGCGUGACGCCGAACUGGCUCCCGAUCGGCGAGGUCACGGAGCUGCGGGAGGGACUGCGGGCCCUGGAGGAAAAAGUGAACGACAGCAAGGAGAUGCAGGACUUGGUGGCGGGAAUCCCCGCGAGACCGGACCACGAACAAGUGCCCUUCGACCACCAACAUACCACGGACGCCUGCGAUCUGUAUUUCUCAUCUUAACUUUGUCCUAUCAUGAUCACUUUCUUACAACAGACGAAUGUACUAUGACGGUGUUGUUGUGGUCUUUACCGAGAAGUCGCUGACAUAUUGUUCGCUGCCGUGCUUGCAACAGAGUUAUAUAUUGAGUUUUCGUUUCAUCAUGCGGAGGACGAGAACUUUUUUCAAAGGUAGGGUUUGCAAGCGCGCAGACUUCUUGUUGGCUCUCGGUAAGAACAGCAAGUACCGACUUCGAGGAUGUGAAUAUGCGAUAAUCUUCGUGGACAGUACGGCAAAUAACAGUGUAAUUUUCCAACAAGAAUGCUUGAUUCACAGGCCAAAUUGACCCAAGCACUUCCACAAAGCUGGGGACCACCGAGACUGAAGCUGCGGCUGCAGAAGUCAUGCGGCUUGUGUUGGCUUCCUUCAGCGAGCUUGUUGGAAACUACAAGCGGAAAGAACAAGUGAAAGCUACGGCGCGUGAGAUGCAAUAGACAGAUGAGCAAAAAGCCGCCUCGCAGCGAUCCGGUCUGGCGUUGCUUCCAUCUCGUCCAGAAGUUCUACCCUAAGAAAAUGGAGCCACAGUCAUGAAUCGUGUCUCAGCGCAUGGGGCUGUUGCAGUUCUGCUACAUGGUCCGCCUCCUUGAACUUCCGGUGCGCGACAGGACAAUAUAUCAAAAGUGCUUUUUUUGUAAUGUAGGUCUCUCCGCGCCCGCAUGGUUAUGGAUGCGUUCUUGUAUCAGACCAGCAUGCUCACGCUCAGACAUACUCAUGCGCUGACGAGGCUGAUUCAUCAUCUUCUUCCCGUCAAUACGAGUCCGACAAUGCGUUUUGGCGGUGGCUUCUGGUCUGACCUUUCCCGCCAAAGUAAGACUACAGCUGUGCUGACGCUCAUCUAUCGAGACUGUUCAGAUGGUCGCAAUGGCAACCGAUUCUUGACAAUGAUAAUCGAAUUCUGAUGAAACAUGAAUUCAUUCUUUGCUCUUUCAUCAUCUUUCAUGCGCGCCUGCUGGGACGUUGGCCCGCUUGCUCUCCGCCUCGGAGUAGAUGUUGUGAGGGCUAUUUUCAUCCUGCACCUCCUCUGCUCUCUGAUACAGAUCGGCUAGUAGGUUGAUCUCGUCUCCUCCUCCUACGCUCGUUUUUUUUUUUGCCUCCACCGCUUCACAGCGCGCUGGCCCCCCUUGUUGGAAAGUUGCGAAGAAACUGUUGGUUCGAUUAUAUUCGAUAUAAUUCCGAUACACUCUUGCUGGAAACGAAGCAAACAAAAAGAAGUCAAAAUUAUUUUUUCUCACCACAUCAGGUUGAUCUGGGAUAUUGUGGAUGAGUGUUGGCGUCCGGUGGAGGAUUAUGAGCUCCUUGUCAAGGCCGAACAGGAAAGGAGGGAGCUUGAGCAAGAAAUCAACCAGAUUCAGUCCAUAUGCAUUGCAAAAGAAGUAUCGCACUCGUAUAAAUGCAUUGCAAAUUUUUUCAGCAUGAGAAAUAAAAUUUGUCAUGCUGAAUUACCUUAAGAAAAAUAUGCAAGACUUGCAUUUAUACGAGUACGAUACUUGUUUUGCACAGGAUAGUCCAGCUCCCCGGAGGAUCGGGACGGCGUCCCAGGGACUUCCGUGCUGCAGGAAAUAUUUGCGGACGGAGAUGAACCCAUGGUGGCGACGACCUCUUCAAAGUCGGCUGCCCUACCGAAAAACGGGAAUAUUAGUGGUAACGGUGUACUACCGAGCAGCAGUUCUUCUGCGCUCCUCGUCGGAAACGGGGCUGCGACGUCGUCAUCUUCCAGUGCUAGUAGAUUACCCCAAGCGGGUAGUGCUAGUUCCGCAUCCGCGCUGCAGCAACAGCAGGACAACAAUUCAACAUCGGGUGGAAAAAUAAUAAAUCCUGAAUCUCUAGUUGACGACACCGACGAGAACAACAAACCGCUGUCCAAAAACGCACUGAAAAGGAAGCGAUGGCGGGAGAAGAAAAAAAUCGAGAAGCUCGCGGGGGUGUACAAUGCGAGCAAGAACGUGUCAGACAUUUACCUGUCCCAGUUACCGCUCUCCAUCACGGUCGGAGAGCUGUACGAGAUUUUCAAGAAGUGCGGCGUCAUCGUGGUCGACCCCGCCACGAAGGAACCGAGCAUCAAGCUGUACAAGAAGGACGGCACGGACGAGCCGCGGGGCGACGGGUUGGUGAAAUUUGUCCGGAAGGAGUCCGUGCAGCAGGCCAUUGACCGGUUCCACGGGCAGGAGAUCGUCGCGGAGCAUUCGGGCGAGAAGUCCUUCAUCAGUGUGCAGGUCGCGGAGUACAAAAAGGAGCAACUGUCCACGGCGGCCCUGAAGGAGCGGAUUGCGCAGACCGGGGGCACUGCGGACUGGACCGGGAAGGGCGCGGGGGCGCAGAAGAACAAAAACCAGUGGUCGCGGAAGAAGCAGAUGCAGAACAGCUGGAUGGACGAGGACGACAGCGCACGGGCGAUGAAGUUGCGGUGUCAGAUCGUGUUGCGGAACGUGUUCGACAAGCAGUCCAUUCUCCAAUCCGGCCGGACGGAGCAGAGCUACAUCGACGAACUGCGCGAAGUACGAAAUGUAAAAAUGUCUGGGUCUGGAAGAGUCAUGCUGUUUUUGCAUGACAAAGAAGUUCUGGCAUGGAAGCUCUAGCAUCACAGGUUUCGAGAAGGCAGCUUCCGCAAUGCCGAACCCGCAUGAGAAGUCCCCCAUUUUGGUGACAGAAAGUGGGCAGCUUUUGCUACCUAUGCAUGAGAGAUUUUUCUGUGUUCUAAAAUGCGCAUCACAAGUUCGGAUCCUUCCAGACCCAGACACUUUUACAUUUGAUACGAAGACAUUCUGGAAGACUACCUGGACUGGAACCCGCAGGCGCGGACCAAGUUGGAAUCGCAGCAGGCCGCGUUUGCCCGGGAUGCCGUGCUGCCGGGCCGGGCGGGGAAGCAGGACAAAGUACUUACUUUAUAUUCACUGACUAUGUUGUAUGGCUAGUAUUUGUAUUUCUUUGUACAAAAAAAUUGCAGUUUAUCAGUUCUUGUUCCUCCUCACUCAGCAGUGCUCGUUAGGCGUACCUAUGGCAAAAAUUUUUGGUGACAGUAAGAUUUUGACGGCAAUUAGUGCGUUUCUUGUUGAAGCCAAUUGUUUGUUUCGAAGAAAUUCAAUGCAAAGGAAAAAUCAAAAAUCAGGUGAAGCCUCCCGUCCGCAUUAUGGCCUUCCUGGGCGCGGCGGACCGAGGGUUUGUCACGGUCCAGUUUGAGGAUCCGGAUGAGGCUGAGAUGUACAAGUCGCACUACAACGGGCGGAAAUUUGACGGGCGGAUCGUUUCCGCAGAUUUCCACGACGGUGUAGAUUUGAAAAAGGGCGCCGGGAUCAUCAAUAAAGGGGCAGGAAAAAAUAAUUUCCCCUUCAAAACAGCAGCUCCGAACCAAGCGGCAUCUACUUCCAGCGCAGCUAUGCUGAAGCCACAAACUACUCCAGCUGGGGCUUCUGCAGCCAACGCCGGGGCCGCCUUGCCGGCUAUUCUGGAAGACGACGUGUUGAUGACAGCCACGGGAGAAGGCAGCGCUUCGAAUCACGGCACACUCCGCAGUGGUCUUCUAGACGAGGACGACGUUCUGAUGGAAGACGACGACGAAAUCGACGACGAAAAUUUUCCCUCCGAUAAUGCCAAAAGAAGGAAACUGGAUCCGUCAGGAGGCGCAGCAAGCAAUACCACAGCUACUACUUCUGCCGCUCCCGCAGGACUGGAGGACCUCGCGCCGGGCGGGCAGAUUUUUGAGCACGUGGAAACAAACGACGACUGGUUGUUUGCUGAUGACGAUGACGAUGAGGAGGAUGACGAGGACUGA